AUGUGGCUAUGCGAUGGAUCCGUUUUCGUAGCGGCUCUAAAGGUGGUGGAUAUGUGGAUGCGCGCGCGCGAUGGUGGACAAAUUACAGACGUACACGUGGUGGAUCCUGUAUUUCUAGGCUUCGAACAUGAACUUGACCGUGCGAGGAUGCUCGAUACCAAGGAAUGCGUGCUGAGCAAAGUAGUCACUUCCCGCGUCAUCCUGGUUCCUAUAUAUAUCAACGUUGAUCUUCAACAUUGGUGCGGGGCACUUAUUGACUUCGGCAGUAAGAUUAUCUGGAUUUACGACCCCAAAAGCAGAUACGACUAUCUUGACAAAGUCGAAAAUAUCGUGUUGAGAAAAUUGGUACCGCUGAUUGAAAAUUCAUGA